CGAAAGAAGUUGAGGCUUCCACAACCCCCUGAAUUUCCCAUGGUUGGGCAACUCUCGAUGUCUUCACUUCUCAACAACCCUUUAAGCCCCAGCAGCCCUUUGUGUUGUAUAUCGGACAACAUUCCUGCAGGCAUACAGGGAGCCAGGCAUGCUCAGUGUGGAUUAUCGUCAUCAGAUCUCCACUUCAACAAACUGCAGGCAGGGCUACUGCCAUUCGGAUUCAAAGAACUCGAACGUUCUGUCCCGCCUUCUAGACUUCUUAAAGGCGGCAGCUUCAUGACCAGUUUUGACAAUGAUGAGAAUAUCUCUUGCCUAUUAACCAUGGGUAAUACCUCUCCCACUUCAACGAAACGUAAGGAAACACAAACACCGACGUUCAUGUUAUUCGGUAGACCAAUUCUUACCGAGCAGCAGAUGUCCCUGAGCUGCUCUAGUGAAACAGUUGGCAACAGUUUAUCUAAUGGGAAUCCGGAGAAGAUGAUGAAUCUCUCCGAGGGUUCAGGAUCAGCUGUUAUCCAUAAUGGUCCACCAGAAAAUUCUUCAGGUGAGGUACUUCCUUGGUAUAAAGAUCAGAAACUUGAAUUUAGAAUGGAGACCGGUCACUGCAAGGUUUUCAUGGAAUCCGAGGAUGUAGGUCGAACACUUGACCUUUCAGUCCUUGGAUCGUAUGAAGAAUUGUAUAAAAAGCUAGCUGACAUGUUUGGUGUUGGAACAUCAGAGAUGCUAAGCAAUGUGCUUUAUCAAGACUUAACCGGCACUGUUAAGCACACUGGAGACGAACCAUUCAGUCAGUUUGUGAAGACAGCAAGAAGGCUUACCAUCUUAACAGAUUCUGGCAGCGAUAACAUACGGAGAUAGAGACUGAUGAAUAUUGAUCCUUGUUAAUUGUACAGUUGAUUGCUACAAUAGUAGUUUCAACCUACUUCCUUUUCUGCUUUGAGUUGUUUUUAAGAGUUGAAGGGGAAAUCUCUCCUUCAACCUGUGUUUAGCAAAUUGGACACUGAAGACAGAUUCAGCUUUGUUUGAUAUUUUCAAUCUACCUGGAUUUCAUCUUGCA